AACGAUAUUUAUUCGCCAAUAUUCGCGAGACUGUCGGAAGUUAGAUUCUCGGGUCGUUUAGACACGUAGAUGUUCCGAAUAGGUGGACUGCUGACUCGUGCGAUUGUUUGUUGCUGUCACUGACGUGUAGAUCACCACUGGAGUAUCCUGUGCGUCGUCGUACGGAGCGUGCAGCGUCGUCAGGAUGGUGGAUAACGUAAGCAACGGAUCCAGUGACUCAUCGCCACAAAUCGAAAAGGGAUGGCCAGCCCUGAAACAGCAUAUUGUAGACAAUAAGAUUAAAUUUGGAUUAUGGGUCACCAGACUCUUCACCAUAAUAUUCACCAUCGGUUACAUUAUUCCUAUAUUUGGGAAUCCCUAUAAUAUAUACUAUAAGGUAUUAAUGAAUAAUGCGGCAACUAGUGCGUUACGUCUGCAUCAAAGAGUUCCUCGCGUUCAGCUCACAAGACAAUUUUUGGAGACGUUGCUGUUGGAAGAUUCGUGCCACUAUUUAUUCUACUCUUUAAUAUUUUUGUACGCGGCGCCAGUUACAUUGGUGCUCACACCAGUUUUUCUUUUUGCUCUGAUGCACAUGGCUAGUUAUUCUCUUACAUUGCUAGAUUGUUUAGGACAUAAUAGCUGGUGGGGCGCUCGUCUGUUAAUAUCUUUGGUGGAAUUUCAAUCACGGAAUAUCCUUCGUCUGUGUGCUCUAUCGGAAAUCAUAAUCUUACCAUUUACCGUUCUUCUAGUAUUCACAGGACGCGCCGGUUUACUGACUCCCUUUGUCUAUUAUCAGUUUUUGAAACUACGUCUUGCAUCUCAAAGAAAUCCAUUCACGCGUAACGUAUUUUACGAACUCAGAAAUGGAUUGAGCUCGGUGUCGAAAAAGCCGGCCGUGCCGGACAUCGUUCGAAGGAUGAUCGACGGUCUGCUUUCUCUGACCCAACAAAUGGCGCCAGUGCGUCAAUAAUAUCUAUAUUAUUUACGAUAUUAAAUUCUUCAAUUAUUUUUCAUAUUGUCUCUCAAAGACAGAUCUCCUAGGGUUCUAGGGUCCACUCAGCGACGCUUUCAUGAAUUAGUGUUAGCGCAAAGUGAGUGCAGACAUAAAAAUUCAUAGUGAAUGUUAUAUGAAUUAUAUAAUUUGAAAUAUCUAUGAAAACAAUCAAAAUAUGUGAACAAUUUCUUACUUUAUGCUCAUUUACUACUAAACGUUAAGUGAAAAUGUGAGGAUUUGUACUAAUUAUAAAUAUAAAAUUUAUAAGUUUUAAAGAUUUAACCUAACUCUUAAUAACUUCGUUAAAUUUUGGAUUGUAUUUUUUAGUUUGUAUUGUAUUUUUUAAAUUUAAUGGCCAUUCUACAAUAAGCUAUUAGUCAUAAAUCAGAAGUUAGAAGCUAGUAAUUGAUAACUGUAAUUGAUCAAUUCCAACUUCUAAUUUUUCUGAUUUAAGAGUAAUGAUUUAUUGUGUGUGGAAGGCCCAUUACAUUUAAAUAGAAAUAUAAUUAUGCACAUAUAUUAACUUUAUGAUUUAAGUGUAAUUUUGAACCAUAAAUUUGUAACUAGUAAGAUAAUGGUGUAUAAUGAAGUUCACUGAUUAAUGGAGUUUAAUGUUGAUUAAAUAUCAACUCUUUUUUUUGAUUGGUUUCGCACAGUUUUGCGGUAUUGGGAAGUAUUGUGUAUAAUAUCUAGUAUAUAAGUUAUUAAAAUUUAUAUUUCUGAAUUACACGGAAUGGUUGACCUGUCACUUUUUGGAAUAAGCUCUGGAAUAAGUUUAAUGUUUAAUACAUGUCAUAUAUGUUUAUUUUACCAAUUGUUAUUCUAAUGUAAAUUUGUU